AUGGCUGGAUCAAUCGAAGAAAACGCUGCGUUAAACAAAAAGAAGACUUUCACUUAUGUGCCACCUACACCGCCUGCUGAACUCAUCGAAUCCACAAUCUACACGCUCGACUUUACGAACCGUAAGUUUGUACACAUUGGUAUUGACCCAUCUGAAAAUUUCCAAGUCGCCGUUCAUUUAUUAACAUCAUCUCGCCAUGUAAAUAUACCACCAGAUUUUCUUAGACGUAUAUUCUCUAUGAUGGGGCAUAUCUUAUCAUUCAUAUUAGAUACACCUCUGAUGUACAAGCGCUUUAUAUUUCUUGAGACAGAAAUUCAUAAAAUAUCUAGUAUGGUGUAUGGCAAAGAAAGUCUUAGUUAUUGA